AUGGGAGGACCUCAGUCAGAGUCGGGCAGGAAAUUGUUCGUCUUCGACCGCGUGUUUAGCGAGGAAAUCAAUCAGGAGGGGAUUUGGGAAUAUCUUAAUGACUGCGUCAAUGCGUUCACGCAGGGCUACAAUGUCUCGCUGCUCGCAUAUGUCACAAUCCGCGAGGAUGUGAAGGGCAAUAUCCUUCUCACUGGACUCCGUCAAGUCGAAAUCAACUCAGUAGACGAUCUUCUCAACGCUUUAAAUUUUGGUUCUACAGUCCGACAAACGGACGCGACUGCUAUAAAUGCAAGGUCCUCCCGGUCCCAUGCCGUGUUCAGUCUUAAUCUGGUGCAGCGGAAGAAUAGGCUGCAGUCGGGCCAGGGGGCAGAGAAGCGGUUCUCAGUGCCCCUGGAGGCCAUGACGGGAACGGAGUCCUGGGUCACCACGGACAGCAAGCUGCACUUUGUCGAUUUAGCCGGAAGUGAGCGACUGAAGAACACGGGAGCACAAGGCGAACGGGCCAAAGAGGGUAUCUCGAUUAACGCCGGUCUUGCCGCUCUCGGCAAGGUCAUCUCACAACUAUCUUCACGACAGGCCGGGUCGCAUGUUUCAUACCGCGAUUCUAAGCUCACCCGGCUACUCCAGGAUUCUCUCGGCGGAAACGCCAUCACAUACAUGAUUGCUUGUGUAACUCCGGCCGAGUUCCAUCUUAGUGAGACGCUCAACACCGUGCAGUAUGCGCAGCGAGCCCGAGCCAUUCAGAGCAAACCCCGUAUUCAGCAAAUAGAAGAGGGUGACAAACAAGCCAUAAUUGAUCGGCUGAAGGCUGAGGUGGCUUUCCUGCGCGAGCAGAUCCGGAGUGCGGAGCAUGGCGGAGGGGAGAGACGCAUCCUCACAGCAAGCGAGAGGUCCGAGCGGCAGAACGGACGGGAGGUGGACCUACAGAACCAGCUCCUUGACCAACAAGAGAAUUAUACCGCCCUUAGUCAGCGACAUGCGAAACUCAUUGCCGAGAUGGCUAAGGCACGGGAUAAUGAGGUCGCGGAGAACCAGCAUCUCGAGGAGAGCUUAGAUGACACCGCCACGGAGCGGUUAAAUCGCUCCAACACCUUCGCCCAGGCCGUUGAGCAGGUCGUCCUCGAAUAUGAAAAGACUAUCCAAAGCCUGGAGCAGUCUCUCUCCAACACCAGGUCGACUCUUUCCAAUACCGAGACGAACCUGUUGGAGAAGGAGACUAAGUGCGCUUAUGUCGAGACUAUCAACACUCAGCUUCAGUCUAGACUACAGAAGCUGAUGGACCGUGAGGCUAGCACCGAAAACUACCUGCAUGACCUGGAAGCUAAGCUCGAUGGCCAUACCUCUGGUGAAGAGAAGAACGCGACCAUCAUCCUCGAGUUGCGCAAGGAGAUUGCCCGCGUCCGUGAGAAUGAGGCUGCUUGUGAAGACUACAUCUCCACCUUGGAAGAGAGACUCGCAGAGGCCGACCAAGAUGCUGAGCUGAUGCAACGUGAGAUUGACCGCCUAGAGCAAGUGAUCGAGCGACAGCGGAGUCUCGGUAAGCUGGACUCUUUGCUGUAUGAGCUCGAUCAUAUCCAGCAGGAUGCGCCCCCAGCUGAAACCGAGCCUGAGAUGGGCAAUGGUAUGGGCCACAGGCGCAUAGCCAGCCGUACAGUGGGCGAACAUUCACGAACCCAAAGCCACGCCAGCCAUGUCAGCCGACAUAGCCAGAGGACAAAUGUCAUCCCCGAGGUCAGUGAAGAGGAUGUGCCAGAGGAGGAAGAGUCGGCCAAUGCCACCAGCGAGGACGUUAAUGAGGACGACGCCGCCAAGGGUCCUACUCCGAAAGCUUCUCGUGCCAAUCUUGAUGUCGAUGCACAGGAGCAGGAAUACCCACAGAGCCCAGCCCAGUCCAAGUUUGUGGCUGACAAGCUCGAGAACGUCACCCAGGAGCUCAUUGACCUCCGAGUUGAGCAUGAGUCGACCCUCAACGAGUACGAUCUUCUCCAGGCUAAGUACGAGGAGACUCUUCGUAUACUUGCUGAGCUACAAGACACCAUUGACGAAGCUCGUCAUCCUAGUCGCGUGCGUGACUCUAUGUUGUCUGUGACUACCGCAACGGAGACACAGACACGCCCUUCAUCUUUUUUAUCAGACGCAACGUCCAAGGAUCUGAAGCAUGGAGUACAGCGUUCCUCAUCGCGCUCGCUCUCCUCGGAAUUGUCAUCAGCUAUGGAUUCCCCCGCUACUAUGGAGGUUUCUGAUGCCGAGACAGCUGUGCCGCAGCAGAAGAAAGAAGUGCAGCCAGCUGCCGAGCCGGCCGAGCAAGAGGACGUGGAAGAGCCGCACGCGUCCGACGAGUCGCACGAGGUCUCCGAGGAUGCAGAGGCCCGUGAGGUCAUUCACAGUGAAGAGAUUGUUGGUACUCCAGCUAGCGUCAAUGGCGGCAACGAGCAUGUCGAUAGCGUUGCUCUCGCUACGGAGCUAGAGCGCCUCAAGGUCAUCGCUGCUGAGAAGGAAAGCGCCGAGAAGGAGCUCGCCCAGAAGUACGCCGAACUCGAGGAGAAGCACCACGAAACGCUUGAUAUGGUCGAGGAGCUGAAGACCGAAGUUGCCAAGGCACAAGCAGCCGAAGCAUCUUCACCAAGAACCAGCGCCCCUGUGAUCCGUCGCAAGUCCAGCCAGAACGUUAUGAUCAUUGACAGGGCCCAUCGAUCGUUCGCCUCUCUUCGUAACAUUGCCACAGAUAACUUCGAGGACAACCCUGACACGAUGGCAAACUUCGAGCUCAACUUGAAUGCUGCCAUGCACGAACUUCAUGCCAGAUCCGAAAGGAUCCAGGAGCUUGAGGCGGAUGUUGCCUCCGCCAAGAAGGAAAUGGAGACCAAGAUGACGAUCAUCUCCGGUUUGACGCGGGAGAGGUCAAGUUUGAAGAGCUCGCCCAUGGAUAUCUCAGUCAUCUCCAGCCUGAAGGAUCAGCUUGAGAAGAACGAGAAGCAGCUGCAAGAGAUGCAAGGGGCACAUGCAGCCCGUGAACAAGAGCUCCGUAAUGAGCUCGAGUUGCUUCGCACUUCAAUGGAGACUGCUAAGUCUGAGGAGAAGACUGAGGAGGCCACCCAGGAGCAGCGCGAGGCUCACGAGAAGAAGAUCACAGAGCUUGAGGCUGAACUUGCAAGCUGGGAGGGCAAGCACCAGACUACGCUGGAGUCAAUGCAGUCAACCGAAACACAAAUGAAGAAGACUAUCGAGGAUCUCGAGGGUCAACUUGCUAUUGUCAAUGCUCAGCUUGCUGAGUCUGCUCGCGCCACUCCUGAGAAUGGCGAGAAGACGGAAGAGGCGAAAGAAGCUGAAGUCAAGCACCAGAAUCUCGUCAACUUCCUCCGCAGCGAGAUUGACGAGUACAAGGCUAUUAUCAACAGCAACACUACAAAGGUUGUCGAGCUGGAGCAGGCCCAUGCUUCUGCCAAAUCCGAGCUUGACGAGGCCCAUAAGGCUCGUGAUCUGGCCACCAGCGAGAUUGACACUCACAAGCAGCUUGUUGCUCGCCUAGAAACCCAGAUCGCUGAACACGAGACAGCCAUCAAGACCCACCAUGAUGGCAUGGAGCUUCUGAAGGUCAAUCAUGAAAAAGAGAUUGCAGAGAUCAAGGCGGCCUCCAAGGAGGAGUAUGACCAUGAAUUACAUAUCCUCAAGUCAGACCAUGCCGAGAACGUAAGGGCUCUGGAGAGCGAGCUGAUGGACGCCCGUGAGGAUCUCAUGAAGGUCGCUACCCAGGUUGCUUUCGCGUUAGGUCUUGAUGUCAGUGUCGAGAAGAUCACCGAGCGCAUUGAGGACCUCAUUGCCGAUCAGAAGGCUCUUGGCCAAGAGCAGAAGAGGAGAGGCGACCUGGAGAAGACGGUCCGAGAACUGUCCAACAUCAACGACACCGUUAUGCGCGACUUGGAAGCCGUCAAAUCCACACUUGCCGACAUGCUCAGAGCUGAUGGUCAGGAAUUGAGAAGCCCUUACCCAUCAGUCAACGAACAGUUGGCAAUUGUGAGGAAGAAGAUGCUCGACCUCGAGAACAGGAACAAGAAGAACUCUCGACUAGUCGACGAGCUCGAGGAGCAGCUUCAGACCAACUUUGACCAGGCGCAAAUCACUACCAAUCGCCUCUCUACUUUACAAACUGAACGGAACGUUCAGCUUGAUGAGGCCAAUGCUGCCAAGAUCAGACUUCAAGGCGAGCUGGAUAGCAUCAAAGAAGAAUAUGCCACUCUUCAGGCCAAGUUCCAGGGUAUCAUCCCAGCUGAUGGUAUGCAGCGAUCUGACUCAGUCAACUCUCAAAUCCGAAAGAGCGCAUCUGUUGCAUCGUUGCCCUCACCACCGCCAGCUAUUCCCCUACCACCUCUGCCUGGUCUGACGAGCAGUUCUCCCACCAACGCUGCGGCGAUCCCCGUGCCGGCAACACCAACCGGUGUGCGACCACCCUCCAAGGAUCUCGCCAUGUCUCAGAUCCACGAGGAUCAGGAAGCGCGCAUCCGCACCAUCGAGAAGCAUCUCUAUGCUGAGAAGCAACUCACUUCAACCCUCGAGGAGGCCCUUACCGAUCUCGAGAGGCAGUCCAACAAGGUCAAGGCCGACUGUGAUGCUUGGCGUCGCCGCUGUACUGACCUUGAGAAUGAGCUCAAGGAACUUAAGGAGCGGCCCCAGACCGACAACCGCUGGAGUUUGCACCAGGUCGAGGAGGAGAGGAAGAAGAGGCGCGAUGCAGAGAUCGCAAGGGCUCAUCUCGAGGAGAGGAUGAAUGCCAUCAGCAAGCAGAAGAAGAAGAAGGGCAGUCUGAACUGCUUCUAG